AGACGACACAGGCACGGAACAGCUCGUCGCACAAAGCGGGAGAGGAGAGAAGAGAGAGGGAAGCAGCAGUAAGAGAAGAGCAGGGCAGGGGGUGGGGGGGGAUUGCGAUGAGCCGACGAGUCGCCGGGCGGACUUGAGGACUACUUCCACCGAGACCCUGGACCGGAGGUCUCCUUCCACAACGCUUGCCGAUUUCACUCUCCCCUCCCUCCCUCUUUCUCCUCUCCUCAUCUUUCAAGACAAACGCUGAUCUAUUUAUUCGACAUCGCACGUGAGGGUGGCGGCGAGUAGACUUCCGCUUGUCUGCUGCACAGGAAGCUGAGCGAGGAGGGGGGGAGCUGUCCGGUGCUGAACUUGCUCUCGCUCUGCCGAGGAGGAGCCAGUGGUGGAAUUUCUACAGACUAAAAGACCUUCGCAACUAUUUAACGAGAUUGCUCCUGGUGGGCACGCUGGCCACGCCGGUCUGCUGUGUUUGCGUGCGUGCGGACUCGUGUGUCUGAGUGUGUGUGUGUGUGUGUGUUGCACCACCAUGCCGAGGUCUUUCUUGGUGAAAAAGGUGAAAUUGGAUGAUUUCUCCACCGCGGAUGAUUUGGAGAGCGCCUACCGGCCCAGGACGGCGCUCAGCCUGCGGCUACAUGACAAAGCCGGCUACAUCAGCGACUACAUCAGCCCGUCGGCGUACGAUGGCGAGAGCGACGGCGGGAUCAAGGUGCCCUCGCCGGACCCCCUCUACGACGGCAUCCACAGCGACUACGGCGCCCCGGACUCGGAGUCUCCCGACAGCCCAGGAUCCGAACUCACCGACGGCUACAUCAACGGCGACGCGGCGGUUAGCGACGGCUACUCGGUGGACGCCUUCUACAUCACGGACGGGCGCUCCAGAAGGAAAGCCAUGGGCAGCCCGCGCAGCAUCCAGCGGCACACCUGCAACGAGUGCGGCAAGACCUACGCCACCUCGUCCAACCUGAGCCGACACAAACAGACGCACCGCUCGCUGGAUAGCAAGCUGGCUAAAAAAUGCCCCACCUGCGGCAAGGUGUACGUGUCCAUGCCCGCCAUGGCCAUGCACCUGCUCACGCACGACCUCAAACACAAGUGCGACGUGUGCGGCAAAGCCUUCAGCCGGCCGUGGCUCUUGCAGGGUCACAUGCGCUCGCACACGGGCGAGAAGCCCUUCGGCUGCGCCCAUUGCGGCAAAGCCUUCGCGGACCGCUCCAACCUGCGCGCUCACAUGCAGACGCACUCGGCCUUCAAGCACUUCAAAUGCAAACGCUGCAACAAGACCUUCGCGCUCAAGAGUUACCUGAACAAGCACUACGAGUCGGCUUGCUUCAAAGGCCCCUUCUCUCCUCUCGGGCCCCUGGAUGCGUGACCCUCUCGCGACGAGAACAAAAAAAACCCGCAAACCGUCGAUUUUGUGCUCUGACCCGGCUUCCUCGCUCACAUUCUGCACCUCGCUUUCCCCUGCGGCCGAUCCACGGCGAUGACGAUAGCACAAUUUUUCCUGGAUGGAACUGUUUUACGCAUGCACUUCCCGACAGCAACAAACUGUCGACGAGUUCUUCCUGUUCCGGAUAGAGACGAGAAUAACGCAAACGCGGCAUCCAGACGCCGUUGAGACUUUCACAAGGACGACGCUAGCAACGGCGCGCUAACGGCUGCUGGCUUCCUCUCUGCACUACCACGCGUAGAAAAAGAGUUUCUUUCUUUUGCUUUCGGAGGAAGAAUAGUAAUAAUUAUAGUAAUAAUGAUAAUAACGCUAAUGUUCUUCUGCACCAAGUGACCAUAUUCUCGCCACUACUGAGGUAGAAAAAUAAUGUUUAUUUAUUUAUUUAUUUAUUUAUUUAUUACUUAUUUGUCAUGUAUUUUUUUUAUGUUGCACUUUAUUUUUUAGUUACUUCCUAUUUCUACCACCACAGGCCAAAGCAUAUGCCACUUUUUAAGUGCGAUUUUUUUCUAAUUAUUUUGUUCAACUUAUUUGCAUGCAAAAAAAAAAUCGAAUCUAUGCCAACAUCUUAUAAAGCUUUCUUUUUUUUUUUUUUAACUUUUUUUUUUUUUGCCAAAAUUGAAUAGACGAGGGCAAUAUUUUUCUCUUGGAGCCUCCGUAGGACUUUUUUCAAAGCAAUAAUCACACUAAUGCAUGGUAUUUUAUGAUGAACUUACGAAGUAUUACCUACUACUGUAUAGCAGUUUUAAAAAUCAGGUAUGUUUUACUUCACCUAUAGUUAUAAACAGAAAAAGACAAAUAUUGCAGACAUCAGGGAACAUGCCAAUGUAGUGUUAGCAAAACAAAAAGAAACAAAAAGUCUUUCCUCUCUCGUUAUGCACUGCCUGCCUCUUAGUGAGUAGAACUAAUGUAGGAUUCUGGAGGAGGGGGGGGGGGAGGGCUGGGAUCAGCGGCUUGCUGCAGUUCUGAACAAACAAAAAAAAACCAGCCCUUUUGAAAAAUUCAAACAACAGUAUAAGCUGGAGUCGAGGGGUGACGUGCAGGUGCAUCCAUCUGAAGUGACGGCUGAUGCAUGCUAUCGUCCGAGUUACGCUGUGGUCAACUUUAAAUGCAAUGCAUUAUUCAACCACACAUCAAGUGUGCAUUCCGAGACCAAGCCUGCACUUAUAGCUGGAUGGCCUGCCUGCCACCUUCAUGGUUACAACACACUCGGAUUCUGCAGCAGGCUUUGUCCGUUCCUCUCGAGCCGACCAACGGGAUUAACCCACGAGUCGUAUAAGAGCCCGGAACAAUACGUCGAUCCAUAGGACUGAUAGCGGCUGAACCCAGCUCUCAAAGCCCCCCCCCUGAAUAAAAUUCGCUGAAGAUUCCUGGAGCUUCCCUGGAGACACUCGCAGAACACACACAACUGCGCACAAACAUUUGUGCUCGGUAAUGACGAUUGGCGUUACGUAACCUCGGCGAGACGCGCACGCACGCACGCAUUCGGAGCGACCCGGGGAGAACAUCUGGGGCGUCUGAUUAAACUCCACGCCCCCAGUCAAGCUUCCGACAAUUGGAAAUAAUAGGUUUAAUAUGAACAAGUGAUUCUUUUCAAAAGGACUUGUGAUAAUUACGGCGGUUCCUCAGACGUGUGUAAUCUUUAUUUAAGAACAACGUUGAGAUGAAGAUCCCGAAUUUAAUAAGAUUAUUCAAUUAGUGAUUUCAGCCUUCCACGACGUGAUAUUUUAGGGUGACGAAGAUAAAAGGAGAGUUUGCACUGAACAUGCACUUCUGACCUACUUUUACCUUCAUCUCAGAUACAAACUAACAGCAGAAUAUUGUGAAGGCAGCCAUUUUGUAUCAAGGUGUUGUUUUGUUGCAGCCGUCGAUCUAAUCUUGAGCUCUUUGAAAAAUGAGUCUCAGUGGAAGAAAUAUUUUUACCCGGGAAUUGGGUCAAAAAUCCAAAAUGAAAUAGCAUAAAGGAGCUUAACAGAAGAUAAGAAGUUAGAGAAUAAUGUGAAGAAAUUGCGCAGGAAUAAUUUGAAUGGAACUCAGAGGAGCGUAAACAAUGUAGUCAGUAUUGUUACACCCCCGUCCUGUAGGUGGCAACAGCGAGUAUUGCAGGAAUAAACAAAAAAACUCUUGAGAUUCUACAAAAGUCCAGAAAAUGUUCAACAUAUUUCAUUUUAAGUCAUAUCCAACCUGACAACCACUCCACAAACUUCCCACGCUAACUAAAACUCUAAAAUAUAACAUCCUUACUGACAGUUGACGGAGUUUGAAUGGACAAGGCAUCAAAUUUGUAAAAAUGCUUUGGGUGUGCUUCGAGUACUUUCCACUCAACUGUCAAUCCUACGACCUGAAAAAUGGAUGCUACCUCAGCUAGCAUCUUCCUUGUGCCUACACAUACAUCACUUUAGCCCCGCCCCCUAAAAAUCACAAAUGACUACUAUGUAAUUCGCCUUCCAUCAAAUGAUCUUCAAGCAUGUUUAACGUCUCGACAGGGUCUUUAAGAGCAAUAAUCUACCGACCUGCAGUGUUUUUGAAUCCCGACGGCAGUUGUGUGUCUCUCCACGUGAGCUCCGGAUCUUUUGCUCUCCAAGCACUUCCAUUGGGAAUCACGUCCACCUUCAAAGAAAAGUAGCACAAUGAAACUAACUAGAAUUCAGGUAGAGAAGAAUUGAAAAACUUGUACUAGCUUGACCUCUCCUUUUCUUUUUUUUUUUUUUUUUGUAUUACCGAGCUGAAGGGCGCUACGUUGACCGAACUAAUCACUUCUUGGACGAGAGUUUGUAAAAGGACUUGAGGCGUUUUUAACCGCUGUACAGUGAUAUCCGACACACUUUAUCUCAGGAGGUUCUGGGCUCUCUGGUGCAGAGGGAAAGGAUCUCCUAGGUCUUUUUUGAGCCAGUAUUUAGACAAUGUAAGCACAAUGAACACAAAGCAUUUUGUGGCACUUCAUAAUAAAGAACUAUCUUAACCAACAAA